UCUUUGUCAACGCCCCUUUCUACGUCCGCCUGCUCUCGUCUGCUUUCCAGGCGAGGCGCAGUUCAACUCGAACGAGCCUGAAGUCGUCUGGACCCGAGCAGCGUGCCACAGCUUCAGUGUGUUUGUCGUGAGAGUCAACCCAGUCGGAACUUUGAUAUGAAGGACCACUAGCUGAGUGCUAACUACGUUUAGCUUGUUAUGCUCAGCUGGUAACGUAACGCUAUCUGUUACCCUCACCAAAUACGGAUGGUAGGGUAACUAGCCUCUCUUAAAUACCGAGCUAACUGUUGUUCUCGCUGUGUUGUUACUUGCCUGAGGAGACACUCGACUUGGAUAGUAAUAUAAGUUACAAACCGGUCACCCAACCGCUAGGGAAGAGGUGACGGUGACCUUCCGUGUUAGUGAAUGGACAUUAACUUAAUGUGGUCCCAGGACUGACUCGGUAUGUCUACGGACCUAUAGAGCUCCCAUUCAACACGUGCAACUGGACAUGUACUUGAGUUUAUGGUGGUGUGUGCAUUUAUCAGAAUGAGUCGUCGCUCUGUGGUGAACUUGGUGCGCCUUGGGACUCGAGCUGUCAGCCUGCUGAAAGGAAGCUCACUUCGCCCCUUCCACACUUCAGUACACACCGCCUCGUCGCAGCCGAAAGCUGGAUUCAAACCAGGAAAAGUAGCAGUUGUUACAAAGACGACGCGAUAUGAGUUCGAACAGCAGCGGUAUCUCUAUGCAGGACUGUCUGAAGAGGACUUAAAACAACUGCUCGCUAUGAAGGGCUCCAGCUACAGCGGCCUGCUGGAGAGACACACCAUCCACACUAACAACGUGGAACACAUCGUGAAGAGCCUGCGGAGAGAAGGCAUCGAGGUACGAGUCGUGAAGAGAGGAGAAUAUGAUGAAGAAGUAGUGCGGUGGGCAGAUGCCAUUAUCUCUGCUGGAGGUGAUGGGACAAUGCUACUUGUUGCCAGUAAGGUUUUAAGCAAGGACAAACCAGUUGUCGGCGUGAACACAGACCCUGAGAGGUCAGAAGGUCAUCUGUGCCUGCCUGUGCGCUACACUCGGGCCUUCCCAGAGGCUCUGGAGAAACUCUGUCGUGGUGAGUUCAGGUGCGUAUUUACCCAAAAACAAUCUCAGCGCUGUUGUACUGUGACUUUCUUCUAGUGAGAAUGCUGCCCUGUCACUUAACUUCAACCAGCUUUUCCCAGCUCAUUAGUGACAACUUACAAGUCAGUUACUUAGUAAGCUACUUUACGAGCAAAAGUAUAUAUUUAAUAGUAAUGUCACGGGUCAUGCAGGAAAUCUCAACAACUUGUGCUCAUUGCUCUGUCCUUAGCUUAGAGUUCAAGAGCAGUUUAAUCGUGUGUUGUCUGGAAAAGUCACAUGGUUUUAUAACCCCACUGCUGUGUCUUCAGACUCUGUGGGAUUGCUUAAAUCCAGUUACUGUGUCUGUAGAAGUCUAAAGGUACUAGAGGUCAUGAAUCAGAGAUUUACUCUAAACCUGCUGCUCAGGGUUUAUAUUGAAGCUGAUGUCGUUGCAGCUUUUAGUGACACUCUCCUGUAAGAACUGAUUUGGUGAUUUUCUUAUCAAAGAUAUCAGUUGAGAUUAGUUCCUGGAUUCAUUUGUGAUGUCAGGUGCAGUGGUGUAUAAAGUACCCAAAAGCCAUACUUGAGUAAAAGUAAAGAUACCUUACUGGAAAAUGACUCC